CUAAAACAGGUGGAAUCAAAUCCGGAAGUGAGAUGCUCGUCCCAAAGAUGGUGUCUUCUUCAGCGUAAUGCCAGAUAACACAACAACACUAUGAGUGAUAAACACAUGAUGCCACAGCGACAAUAUGAAAUGUCUGGUAUUUGAAUGUCUGACUACUGCUAAUAAUUAAUACAUUGCCUCUAAAGGCGAACAGGAUGGAUAUCAGCAGAGCCGACGGAGGCUCCUACACGGAUAAUCUCAUUGGGACUUUACUUGCUAUUUUUGGAAAUGUGCUUGUCAGCAUCUCCUUAAGUAUUCAGAAAUACAGCCAUGUGACGUUGGCAGGAACCAAGGACCUGCGUGCCUUUUACCGCACCAAAACUUGGUGGUGCGGUUUAGUACUGACAUCUCUUGGGGAGGCAGCCAACUUUGUGUCUUAUGCCUUCGCCCCCCUUGUUCUCGUAGCACCUCUUAUCGCUGUGUCCAUCCUUACUAGCUCAAUUCUGGGCCUUAUUUUUCUGCGCGAAAAGUCGAAGCCAAAUGACUUUGCAAAGCGCUAUGGGCUGUCCUUCCUGGGCUGUCUCCUCACCAUAGGAGGAACAUACCUCUUUGUAGCAUUUGGACCAAACUCUCAUGAAAAACUCAAAGCAGAGAACAUUGUGAAGCACCUUGUAGGAUGGCCUGUUCUCUUGUAUCUGCUUCUGCAGAUCAUCACGUUCUGCCUGCUUUUAUACUUCUACAAACAGCGUGGUGCUAACUACCUCGUUAUUAUUCUGAUGCUGGUCGCUCUAUUGGGCUCGGUCACAGUCAUCACAGUGAAGGCGGUGUCCGGCAUGUUGGUUCUCAGCAUCGAGGGCACCAUGCAGCUCGACUACCCGAUCUUCAGCGUCAUGUUUGUGUGCAUGGUGGCUUCAGUGGUCUUCCAGGCCAGAUUUCUCUCCCAAGCUUGUAAGCUGUAUGACUCCUCUCUGAUUGCCAGUGUCAACUACAUCCUCUCCACCGUUUUGGCUGUGGUAGCUGGCGCUGUGUUUUACUUGGAGUUUAAUAAUGAAGACGUCCUUCACAUCUGCAUGUUUUUGUUGGGAUCUGCAUUCUGUUUCCUUGGAGUCUUUCUCAUCACCAAAACCAGGAAAAGGACAAAGUCAUUUGAGCCAUAUGUCACUAUGGAUGUGGUUAAUGGUGUCCCAACUAUUCACGACAAAGGCAUGGUUGUUCAGCCGGACUCCAAUGGCUCUUUCUCCUAUGGAGCUCUGGUCAACAACGAUGGAGUGGCUCCUGCUGCUCUACCACUCAAUCUGGAACAACCACCAGUCGGCUCCAGGUCCACUGACGCGUCUCGUGGCCGGUCUGACCUAAAGAAAGAUUAAAACUCUCCUCCAUAAACAACAUUCAAGGAUCUUGAAAGUCUGGUGUUCUGUUUUUAACACGUGUACACAAGACCAACCUCCAGCCCACUGUGUUUCACUCUGCUAUACACUCCUCUCCACGUGCUUUGCUUUCUGAAAUCUCUAAACCAAAACGUGACCAUGAGAAGCGUUCCUUUUUUCUUUUCUUUUUUGAGAAGAUGUCAGCUGUAUUCAUUCCAAAGAUGAACAGAAGAAACCUGAAGCUGCUGGAUGUUGUAGUGGAUUGACAGCAGAGAUGAUGUUGUGCCUUGGAGCUUACUGCCUUCACUCAGACGUAAAGACUCACUUCCAUGAACGUUAAGCAAUUGUUCGCUCAUUAAUGGGACCAUAAAGGGAUCUGUUCUUCCAUUGAGGAUUGUGAAAUUACUCCUCAAAGUUAUAUAAUAUAGCUACAGACUUGCCAAUGAACAUUUUGACUUUAAAUAUCUGCCUCUAAUUCUCUCAUAUAAGCGGUUUUCACUCCGCAAUUUUGUUUCUUGUUCUUGGAAUUUCAUUGUAUUACUACUUUUCUUGAUGUGACCAAACAAUUAGUUCAAAUGUUGUAAUUUAUUGUAAUGUAUUUAUUAAGUUAGAUUUUAGUGUGCCUUAAAAAUUAGUUGUGCAUUGGAUACAUUACUGUGUGGCGGUACAUGACCCAGGUAGGGAGUCAGUGAGUGAAGCAUCACUAGCAGUUCAGUUAUAAGAAAUGCAACAGAUCUGACUGUUUAUUUGAAGAAAUAAUCUGAACUCUUUGAAAAGAAGACUGAAAUAGAAGGAAAGUGAAUCAAACUUGUGUCUUUAAAUAACUGAUAAACUGUCAAACUAUUUACAUGUGCACUGAAAGUUUAAACAGGUAAUCUACUGGAGAAAGAAUAUGUCUAAAUUUGGUUGCCCCUUUAACCUGAUGCCUUGUCUGGUGACAAACGCAUCAAGAAAUUAAACUGAAAGUAUGUCGUUAAUGUUGCAAACUGACCAAGUUGUUGUGGUACAAUGUUUUUCAAAUGUCACCUUCAAAAUGUUACAAUCUUAAAGAUAAUCCAUCAAUAUGUGAAUAAGCAUUUUACAAUUACAUUUGAUUAAAUACUCCAGAAUGAAUGAAUGAAUGAAUGGGAUUGGAUACACUCCACCUCUACAUAUGUGGCAAUGCAUCUCUACAGUAUUAAUAAAGCGGAGAGCCUUUCCACAGUAUUCAGUGCAUAGUUAUUUAAUAUCGCCGGUUGUUUGUGUGUAUAACCUCAUUACAUCACUGUGUAAACCAACUGAAGUCUUGUUAUUAAAACUGCCAUCUGCAAAAGUC